AUGUUAACUCAGUUUCCGUGGCUCCAUUCUGAACUAACCAACCUUUGCAAGUCUCUAUUUCGUGUGAAGCAGUUACAUGCUUGUCUUUUGAAAACGCAUCUCUCACAAGACCCUUUUUAUGCUACUCAAAUCAUUAGACUUUAUGCAUUUAACAAUCACAUUAACUAUGCCUAUCACGUGUUCGACAAAACUUCCACCCGAAGUGUCUACCUCUGGAAUUCCAUGAUUCGAGCCUUUGCCAAGACUCGAAGAUUUACCAAUGCAAUCUCUCUAUUUAGAACCAUGCUUGAGGCUGAUAUAAGGCCUGACAAUUACACUUAUGCUUGUGUUAUACGUGCAUGCUCUGACAAUUUUGAUUUUGGUGUGUUAAGACUUGUUCAUGGAAGUGCUGUGUCUGCAGGGUUGGGACUGGACCCUAUUUGUUGCAGUGCACUUGUGAGUGCUUAUUCAAAACUUGGUCUUGUUCAUCAAAUGUGUAGAGUGUUUGAUGGGAUUGAUGAGCCGGAUUUAGUUUUGUGGAACUCGUUGAUUUCUGCUUAUGUGUGUUCUGGUAUGUGGGACAUAGGGAUUCAAAUGUUUAGCUCGAUGAGACUUUCUGGGAAGAAGCCUGAUGGGUAUACAUUUGCUGGAUUACUUGUGGGUAUUGCAGAUUCUAGCUUGCUCAGCAUUGGCCAAGGAUUACAUGGUUUAAGUCAAAAGAGUGGGCUUGAUUCUGAUUCUCAUGUAGGUAGUUUACUGGUGAGUAUGUACUUGAGAUGUAAGUGCAUGGACUCAGCUUAUAGAGUCUUUUGCAGUAUUUCCAAUCCUGAUUUGGUUACAUGGUCUUCUCUAAUAUCUGGGUAUUCUCAGUGUGGGGAGUAUCAAAAAGCAUUGCUCUAUUUCAAGAAAUUAAACAUGGAAUGCAAGAAACUGGAUUCUGUUUUGAUUGCUACAGUGUUGGCUUCUAUAGCUCAUACAGCGAAUGUAGUACCGGGAUGUGAGGUACAUGGUUACGUUCUUCGGCAUGGAUUGGAAUCAGAUGUCAAGGUUUCCUCAGCUCUCAUAGACAUGUAUUCAAAGUGUGGUUUCCUGAACUUGGGAACUCGUGUAUUCAAGAUGAUGCCUGAACGGAAUAUAAUUUCUUAUAAUUCAAUAGUUUUAGCUCUUGGCUUGCAUGGAUGUGCGUCCAAGGCUUUUUUGAUGUUUAAUGAGAUACUAGAGAAAGGAUUGGUACCCGAUGAAGCAACAUUCUCUGCUCUCCUUUGUGCUUGUUGUCACGCUGGCCUGGUAAAAGACGGUCGAGAGAUUUUCCAGAGAAUGAAAGACGAAUUCAACAUCAAAGCUAGACCUGAGCAUUAUGUUUACAUGGUGAAGCUUCUUGGCAGUGCUGGGGAGUUAGAAGAGGCCCAUUAUCUCACUCAGUCCUUACCUGAACCAGUAGACAAGGCCAUUCUGGGAGCCUUAUUAUCAUGCUGUGAUUCUUAUGGAAAUUCUGAGUUAGCAGAAACUAUAGCCCAUCAGAUUUUUAAAAGUAAUCCUACUGAUAAUGUUUACAAGGUUAUGCUUUCGAACAUAUAUGCUGGAGAUGGGAGAUGGGAUGAUGCUAAGAAGUUGAGGGAUAAAAUAACAGGAGGUCCGAAGAAAAUGCCUGGAGUUAGUUGGACUGAAGGCAAUUAUUAUUAA